AUGUAUACCAGCCCUGCACUCCAAGGUCUCGUGUGGAUUUUGGACAUCCACUUCCUCUGUGGGUGGCAGCUGCCUGUCAUCUCAGUCAUCCUGAGGAAAAGCCAGGAAGUGUGUUUUAAAAGUGUUUGCCCAGAUGAGAUCACGUGUGAGCUCCAGCAUGAGCCGGGACUGAAGCCUGAGCCUGCUGGCUGUGUGUGCAGUCAGACAGUUGAUCCAGAAGGACAAGCAAUGCUCUCCUUGACGCCAGGAAAGAUAAAAAGAAGCCUGCGUGCGUCCAAAACAGCACAGCUUAUGUGUGGGAACCACACAAAAUUAAAGCCUGUUCUUUGGGGGGGGCGCGGCUGGGGGCCUUGGAGAGCUGCGCGUGGGGAAGGGGCGCAGGGGCGCCGCAGCAAAUGGGACCAGCCAGCGCCGGCUCCUCUUCUUUUCCUGCCCCCGGCGGCCCCAGGUGGGGAGGUCGCCGCCGGCGCGGGGAGCCCGGGGGGUGCGGCUGCCGCCCCCUCGGGAGCCCUGGAUGCCGCCGCCGCCGUGGCCGCGAAGAUCAAUGCCAUGCUCAUGGCCAAGGGGAAGCUGAAACCCACUCAGAAUGCAGCUGAGAAGCUUCAGACUCCUGGCAAAGGCCUAACUAGCAGCAAAAGCAAAGAUGAUCUGGUGGUAGCUGAAGUUGAAAUCAAUGAUGUGCCUCUCACGUGUAGGAACUUACUGACUCGAGGACAGACGCAAGAUGAGAUCAGCCGACUUAGUGGGGCUGCAGUGUCAACUCGAGGGAGGUUCAUGACAACGGAGGAAAAAGCCAAAGUGGGACCAGGGGACCGUCCAUUAUAUCUUCAUGUUCAGGGCCAGACACGGGAAUUGGUGGACAGAGCUGUAAAUCGAAUCAAAGAAAUUAUCACCAAUGGGGUGGUAAAAGCUGCCACGGGUACAAGCCCAACUUUCAAUGGUGCAACAGUCACUGUCUAUCACCAGCCAGCACCUAUCACACAGCUGUCUCCAGCCAUCAGCCAGAAGCCCCCCUUCCAGUCAGGGAUGCAUUAUGUUCAAGAUAAGUUAUUUGUGGGUCUAGAACAUGCUGUGCCCACUUUUAAUGUCAAGGAGAAAGUGGAAGGUCCAGGCUGCUCCUAUUUGCAGCACAUUCAGAUUGAAACAGGUGCCAAAGUAUUCCUACGAGGCAAAGGUUCAGGCUGCAUUGAACCAGCGUCUGGCCGAGAAGCUUUUGAACCUAUGUAUAUUUAUAUCAGUCAUCCCAAACCUGAAGGCCUGGCUGCUGCCAAGAAGCUCUGUGAGAAUCUCUUGCAAACAGUUCAUGCAGAAUAUUCUAGAUUUGUAAAUCAGAUUAACACUGCUGUACCUUUACCAGGCUAUACACAACCCUCUGCUAUAAGUAGUGUCCCUCCUCAGCCACCAUAUUAUCCAUCCAAUGGCUAUCAGUCUGGUUACCCUGUUGUUCCCCCUCCUCAGCAGCCAAUUCAACCUCCCUAUGGUGUCCCAAGUAUAGUGCCACCAGCUGUUUCAUUGGCACCUGGAGUCUUGCCAGCGAUACCUACUGGAGUUCCACCUGUGCCAACACAAUACCCGAUAACACAAGUACAGCCUCCCAUUAGCACUGGACAGAGUCCGAUGAGUGGGCCUUUUAUUCCUGCUGCUCCUGUCAAAACUGCCUUGCCUGCCGGGCCCCAGCCCCCACACCCGCCCCAGCCCCAACCCCAGCCCCAGCCCCAGCCCCAGCCCCCACUUCCAACUCAACCUCAGGCACAGAAGAGACGAUUCACAGAGGAGCUACCAGAUGAACGGGAAUCUGGACUUCUUGGAUACCAGCAUGGACCCAUUCAUAUGACUAAUUUAGGUACAGGCUUCUCCGGUCAGAAUGAGAUUGAAGGUGCAGGAUCGAAGCCAGCAAGUUCCUCAGGCAAAGAGCGAGAGAGGGACAGGCAGUUGAUGCCUCCACCAGCCUUCCCAGUGACUGGAAUAAAAUCAGAGUCUGAUGAAAGGAAUGGAUCUGGAACCUUAACAGGGAACCAUGAUUAUCCAGUGAAGAAGAUGAAAACGACGGAAAAGGGGUUUGGCUUAGUGGCUUAUGCUGCAGAUUCAUCAGAUGAAGAAGAGGAACACGGAGGUCAUAAAAAUGCAAGUAGUUUUCCACAGGGCUGGAGUUUGGGGUAUCAGUACCCUUCAUCACAACCACGAGCUAAACAACAGAUGCCGUUCUGGAUGGCCCCAUAGGAAACGGUGGAACAGAGCUUUGAACGUCGGUGACUCUUCUUUUAGCAAUAAUGCAUGCAUUUGAUUUAACAAGACUCUGGGGCCUCUACUGGGAGCCAUCUUGGACCUUUGCAGAAGUUACAGAUGCACUGUCCCCUAUUCUUAAAGGGGCUCCAUUCUUCAUAAAACAUCCUUAUUUCUGCAGUAGCAUAACAUCUGUUAAAAUUUACUUAGAAUCACAAAUUUGUCUCAGAAGCUUUUUAACCAUUGGUGAAACAUGCUUAUUCCACAAAGCAUCCCAACAGGCUCAUCCCCAUAUACACUUAACCUGGUCCACUCUUUUCCAAAUGAAUAGCUCCUAUUUGGGCAUAAAAUUUUAUUUGUAUUUUAUUACUAUUUGCUCACUUUUGAUAACUGGUUACAAAACAAGCCUUACUGUCUAUGGGGAAGUGAUUUUAAGAUAUCCUUUCAGUACUGAAAUCUAAGUACUCCUCAUUCCUAUUUCAUCUUCAGAUUCUUUCUGUUGUAGAAACUGCAGUUAAGAAUCCAGGCAUAGCUGGAGCUGGGGUAGGAAAAUGGACCUGCUUUUUUGAUUGUGUCUUUGUAUUGGGAUGCCCAGCAACUGGCACCUUCCAGCACACUUUCUCAGAUAGCCAUUACUAUUUUUUACUCCCCUUCUAAGCUCCUUGUCUUCAACUGGGUCAGAGUAAACUGCUUGAUCAAAAGCUGGUCAGACUCAUGACAGAAAUGAAA